GCCGGCGAGGCCGGAGGGGGCGGCGUGGCGGACGGAACUUCCCUCGGCCUCCGACGCUCCUCCUCGCCCGCGGCCGCCGGCCGCCGCCGCCUGCGCCUCCUGCUCCUUCGCCCCGGAGGGGCCCGGCCGCCACUUCCGGCCGCUCACCUGGGACGUGCUCACCUGCCUGCGGGCGCCUGGGCAGCAGGAUGAAGGACCGGCUGGAGCAGCUGAAGGCCAAGCAGCUGACACAGGAUGACGACACCGACGAGGUCGAGAUUGCUAUUGACAACACAGCUUUUAUGGAUGAGUUCUUUUCUGAGAUUGAGGAAACUCGACUCAACAUUGACAAGAUCUCAGAGCACGUGGAGGAAGCUAAGAAGCUCUACAGUAUCAUUCUGUCUGCACCCAUUCCAGAGCCAAAAACCAAGGAUGACCUGGAGCAGCUCACAACUGAGAUCAAGAAAAGAGCCAACAAUGUCCGGAACAAACUGAAAAGCAUGGAGAGGCAUAUUGAAGAAGAUGAGGUCCGGUCGUCAGCAGACCUUCGGAUUCGGAAAUCCCAGCACUCCGUCCUCUCCCGGAAGUUCGUGGAGGUGAUGACCAAAUACAACGAGGCGCAGGUGGACUUCCGUGAACGCAGCAAAGGGCGGAUCCAGCGGCAGCUCGAAAUCACCGGCAAAAAAACAACAGAUGAGGAGCUGGAGGAGAUGCUGGAGAGUGGAAACCCUGCCAUCUUCACCUCGGGGAUCAUCGACUCUCAGAUUUCCAAGCAAGCCCUCAGCGAGAUCGAGGGGCGGCACAAAGACAUCGUGAGGCUGGAGAGCAGCAUCAAGGAGCUUCACGACAUGUUCAUGGACAUCGCCAUGCUGGUGGAGAACCAGGGUGAGAUGAUAGAUAACAUAGAGUUGAACGUCAUGCACACGGUGGAUCACGUGGAGAAGGCUCGGGAUGAAACCAAAAGAGCCCUGAAGUACCAGGGCCAGGCCCGAAAGAAAUUGAUAAUUAUCAUUGUAGUAGUGGUUGUGUUGCUGGGCAUUGUAGCGUUGAUUAUUGGACUUUCCGUUGGUCUGAAGUAAGGGCGGCCUGCGAGGCCCCUGCGCUGAAAUGUGUGCGGCUGAUUCACUGUCGCUCUUCACCGUCACCCUGAGCAGUGACCAGCUUCUCCUCCCCCUGCCUCUUGUAGAACCCGAUUCUGCUCCAGCCUGGCAUGGCCACCCUUGUCUUCAGAUGGGAACGGAGCGGGAAUGGCCUUCCUGAGAGAGAGUGGGACCCGUUCCUUUGUUUCCUUGUAACCAUCCUUGGACCUGACCCAGCACACAGUCUAGCCCUGGAGGAAUCCAGUCUGCCUGCUGCGACCCUGAGUCCUCCUCUGAACCUUCUCCCAGACUGUAUGAACCAACCCAGCCUCUCCUUCUCCCCGCUGAUGUGUCAAAUUAUGCCUUGCACUUGGAAAGCCCGUCUGAGACCUUCCCAAGGUGCUGUUUCUACCUCAUGGAGUAGUCUUCUCCCCCAAAUUGCAAAUUUUUAAUUUUCAUUUUUCAGGGGAGCACCUUUAACAAAGCAAAGGGAUUCUUCCAAGUUUGGCAGCAGUAAGGCUUGGCUCUGAGUCUCCUCCCGGCAGGAUCCCUGUCCUGAAAAUCGGAGGGACUGACCGAUGCUGUUUUGCUCUUUGGAGCUGACCUGUCUGAAAUUCAGCCUUAAAUUAAGCUCUUAGUGUGUACAGCUGGAUGGCCAACUUUGAUCUGUCUGUGUUGUAUUCCCUCAUGUUUAUUCAGGGGGGCGCCACCAUGAUAUCAUCAUCUGUCUGAGGCUACAAUGGGAAAGCCUGAGGCUGCGGGAUAUGGUUUCCAUGUCUCAGCCUUGGGAACUCGCUGUUUACCAUUAGAGUGAUGCUUUGCGAAGCCGCUGCCUUGAGGCUAAAAAUAACCAGGCACUUAAAAUUAGGCCAGGGACAAGGUGCUUGAGUCUCAGGCUCUGGACGUGUUUCAGACUGGUGCGAUUAUGAGUAUUCAGUCAUUGCGUGUGUUCCAAGGGAAUGCUUAUAAUCGUGUGUGUGAGGUGUAUGGACAUAUAGGCAUGUGUCUCUCAGGAAGGAGGAACCUGGAAGUAGAGGAUAUUAUAACCUCAAAAAACAUAACUUGAGCUGUGCUAAAAAUGACGUAAGAGACAUUUGCUUACCUGCAAGCGAAUCCUAGUAGAAACGUGACCUCCCCAUGUCACCUAGAGACCCGCUGUUUACUGCACAAGCGCUGGGAGAAUCCUGGGUGGGUGGGGUGAGGACUAGGUUGAUCCCCAUUGGGUUUUUCUGCUUAGCAGACAGAACGUGUGACCAGCUGGGCGCCUCUCCCACCUGCUGCCCGGGCUGGGCUUGUCUGGAGCGCAUCCCGCAGCCAUUUGAUCUCAUUCACGUGACCUUUGGGAUGUCUUGGCUUCAGGACUGAGUCAGCUGGGGGAGGCCAAGGACUGCUCAGUAGCUCUUCCUGCUGCCAGAUUACUGAACUCGGCCGAUUUUGUUGCCCCCAGUUCUUGCCAUGCAGGAGACAGCAGCCAGGAAGUUUUCAAGUGUAGUGACUGUGUGGAGCCAGUGGUGAGCCCCUUUGAUUCUGCUGCUCUCUGCCUCCUGAUUGAUAUUUCAUCUCUGACUCACAUGCUUUCUAGGAUAGGGUGAGGGUGAGCACCCUAGUCCAUGCACAGCCCAUCGGCUUCCUUUGCAAAGGCCACUGACUCUCAGCCACUGCCAGCACUCGGACAGAGCCAAGGGCACCCCCUCUUGCCCACGGCUAUGAUGUCGGACACAGGCCUGGCUCCAGCAGUGAGGGCAGACAAGCUCCAAUCACAGACCUUUGCUCUCCGGAGAUGGAGGCCUGGCUUCUAGAUUGGAAUACAAGUGAAGGUUUUUUUUGUUGUUUGUAUUUUUUUAAAUGUAAACUUGAUUAUUUUAUUGCUAAUUUAAAAAUAAAUGACUUUAUAUUGAUCGUGAAA